ACGCCUGACAUCGAAAUCGACAGUGGACAGCUGACCGGCGCCUGCGCGGACAGAGAGAGACAGAGAGAGAGGGAGACACUAUGAAGGUGGGAAAGAAGAAACCCGAGGCGGCGGCGGCGGCGGAGGCUGCGGGGGAAGACGGUAGAGUUGAGGAUGGCAGCGGCGAUGCCGGAGAGGAGGAGAAGGAAGAAGAAGAAGAUGAAGAAGAAGAAGAAGAAGAGGAAGAAGGGGAGGAGGUCGGGGAGGCGGAAGCAGGCGAGGUCCCGAGAUUAGAGGACGGUUUCUACGAGAUCGAAGACAUCAGGAAGAAGCGAGUCCGCAAGGGUCAAAUCCAAUACCUAAUCAAGUGGCGAGGAUGGCCGGAGACGGCCAACACCUGGGAACCCUUCGAGAACAUCCAGUCCUGUGCUGAUAUCAUCGAAGCAUUCGAAGAGAGAUCGAGGUCACCGCGGGCACGGAGACGAAAGCGGAAGCAUGGCGGUCCGUACGGCAUCGCGGCCCACAAGAAGCGGUCUCUCCAGACUGAGGAAUCAAAGACGGCACCGAAUCCAACCUCGUUGAAUCAGAAUGACGCCACGGGCACGGCGGUGGCUGGUGCAGAUGGCGAUAAAAGCAUGGGGCUAGUUGGAAAGAAACUGGUAGUGGAGGAAGAGAUAGGAGACUUGAAGAAGAGCAGGGCAGAGGAGGUUAACUUGACCACUUCGCUAGAUAGAAUGGGUGAUGACCAGAACUUGGAGGUUCUUAAUUCUGCAGAGCAGAUAGGAACCAAUGGACAUGUCUCUGUGAAUCCCCCUGAGGCACGGGAGGAGGAUGGCUCCACGGAUGGGUUCUCUAAGGUCGAAAGCACUCGGGCUUCGCAGGGCAAUGUCGUCACAGGUGCGAAGAGAAGGAAAUCUGGGUGUGUGAGAAGGUUCCAGCAGGGUUCUGCUAUGGAUCAUCAGGAUGAGCAGCAGAAUACAUCUAUGAGAAGGCAAACUGGAUCUUGCGGCAAGGGUGAGAAGUCAGGAAAUAAAAAUGUUAAUUCUGAAUUAGAGGACAAGAAUAAGUUGGAUGAUACUGGAGAACUGCCUUCAAUCACAAAGCUACUGAAGCCAGUUCGCUUCUAUGCUUCCGUGACAAACAAUGUGCAGCAAGUGUCCAUAACAUUCAAGGCUCUGAGCCACAGUGAUCAGAGGAAUGUUUUCCCGACCAAAGCUUUGUGGCACUGGAGGCAUCUCAUAGUGUGUUGGCAUGGAUCAUGCUUAUGCUCAUGGAUAUGCAUAGGCUCUUAUUCAACUUAAUACUGUGUUGGCAUGAUACGCAUCAACUAUCUUGGAUUCUACUUAUGUUCAUGCUACAUUAUGAUGCAAAAGACAGGAAGAUUGGAACUGUCAGUUGAAUGAUUUAAUUGUAGGAGGACAAUGCUUGAAUAAUUGUACAUUGCACGAUCAAGAUCAUUAAUUAGAUGAAUUAAAAAAAGCACUGGGGAGACAAGAUCAUGCAGCCUAUGCUACAAGCUUGUUACUUGAAAACCACCUCUUGUGAUAUCACAAAUAAUUCUUGAACAUCCAAAGGAGACAAGGGAGAUGACAUCCAAAGUUUGAUCAUGAAUGAAGAUUCACAGAACAUGGAGACUCAUGACAUUUCCAUUUCCUAAUGGUCAGAUAAGUUUGAAGCAAAAGUUCAGAUUUCAAGAUUCUUUCUUCUGACCUUUCCAAGAUUCAACUAAAGGUGAAUUGCAGGUUCUAAUGAGCAGUUAAAACAAGGAGAGAUCAAAUGAUUUAAAAAUUUUCCAUGGAGAAGAAUCCCAAUUUAAGGCUUCAUCAUCAAGCUUUGAUGUUUCAUCAGUUGUUUGCAGUUCCAACAAAUUGAAUGAUUUUGGUGUAAAUCAUUGCAGCACAGAUGAGUUUCAUGCAAUGGAAGCAUAAUCAUUGCAGCACAGAUGAGUUUCAUCCAGGAGCAAAUCUGUCUGGGUCUUAAUUUAAGUUUGAUUUGAGUUUAGUUAAUGUUCUUCAGAGAUGUAUCUUCUGUUCUUAGAAAUGUUUGUGUAUUUUUCAUGUUGCAAAAUAUGUCUGAUUCAAGCCCUAAAAGUGAUCUGUCAGGCAGCAAUCUUUUCCUAAUAAAAGAAGUCCUAGCAAAUCAUGUUUACACUUCAAAGAACAGUGACAUAUUCAAUAGGUUUCAUUUGUCUCUUAUAUUAUUUUUACUUUUAGUGAUAACUAAUUUAGUUGAUAUAGCAAUUUUGUUACUUUGUCAAGUGAAAAGACCUCAUAACUGAAACUAGAAGUAGGUGUCAUGUUUUUGGAAUAGUUAUGGGUGGAGUAUUUAAGAAUAUGGAACAAUUCUGGUAAAAGUAGAAAAGACCUUCCAACAGCUCAACUAGUUCUGUAUGGCUCUCUCACAUGUGCCACCAGUGGGGGUUAACGUAAUCUUAAAAAUCCACAAAGGGUAAGAACAUUUUUGAAGAAAAGUUUGACACAAAAAACCAUAUAUGGAAAACUAUGUGGACCAGGGGGCCCAUGUUCCCAUUGGGCCCUUGCAUGGCAUCACCCCUGUUUGAUGCACUAGGUAGGGUUUUUAACUGCUACACCUAGUUGAUAUUGUGAAAACAAAUAAGUGCAUAUUUGGGCAGGGUGAGGUCAUAAAAGCUCUAGCUUGCUCUUGCAUACUAUGGUUGGUAUCCAAGACCAACAAACACACCAUUGUACUUGUCUGUUGGUCAGGCUUAAAUGGUUUUCUUUUGAUUAAAUUGGCUUAAGCUCAUCAUCCCUGAUGUUGCAUCCUAGUGCAAGUUGCAAUAUAGCUUUUGGUCUAGCAUGGGUUCUAUUAAGAUCCCAAGAAACAGUCACCAUCUCAUGUGAAGCAAAAAAGGUUAUGUUGGAAGGAUGCAAUACUCCAUGUGAAAAUAUGUGUGGGGAUACCAACAGUUAUUGUGUCCAUUUAAUAGUAAAUGAGCCGCUGCAAGGUACUGCAGUAUUGUUAUCUACACUGGUCAAUAAUGUUGCAUCCUAGUGCAAGUUGCAAUAUAGCUUUUGGUCUAACAUGGGUUCUAUUAAGAUCCCAAGAAACAGUCACCAUCUCCUGUGAAGCAAAAAAGGUUAUGUUGGAAGGAUGCAAUACUCCAUGUGAAAAUAUGUGUGGGGAUACCAACAAUUAUUGUGUCCAUUUAAUAGUAAAUGAGCUGCUGCAAGGUACUGUAGUAUUGUUAUCUACACUGGUCGAUGAUGUUGCAUCCUAGUGCAAGUUGCAAUAUAGCUUUUGGUCUAACAUGGGUUCUAUUAAGAUCCCAAGAAACAGUCACCAUUGCAUGUGAAGCAAAAAAGGUUAUGUUGGAAGGAUGCAAUAUUCCAUGUGAAAAUCUGUGCAGGGAUACCGACAAUUAUUGUGUCCAUUUAAUAGUAAAUGAGCUGCUGCAAGGUACUGCAGUGUGGUUAUCCACACUGGUCGAUAUGUUUAACAAAAUUUCCCCUGUGAUCUAUCUUUAAUAGACACUAUUAUCCACACUGUAAUAUUAAUAUUGACAUGCAUACAAUUUUUCUGCAUCUAUCUUCUUGUUCCCAUGUCGUCAUAUCAUAUUUUCUGAAUUCUUUUAGAAGUUAAUGUGGACAAUGUGAAAGAAAUAGUGGUGCCAGUUUUGAUCUACCCAGAAACUUGUUCUUUCGGUUGAACCAACAUUAAAUAUGCAGAUAAAUUCUUCUAGACUGGCCUGUUAGAUUUUCGAUCGUAUUAUGUUUCCUGACAUGCAAAAGAGUUUGCCAUGUGUCUUUUGGUGUUUGUAUUAUCACUCAUAUUCUCUGUACAUGGAAGUAUGAACAAAGUAAAAGAAUUAGUCCCAGAAGAUAUAAUCAAUCUGAUCCAGGAUGGUGGUAAUUUGGGUCUUUACUACAUUGAAAUUCUUAUAUUCUUUUAUGCUUUAGUUGUCAUUUUACAGGCUCAUUAGGUCAACACAAACAAAUUUUAAUGUUACUAUUUGGUCUGUUUUCUUGAAGGAAUUAGGAAACUUGGUUUCAUUGAGCAAUAGUAUUAUGUACAGGUGGAAAUGUCAAAUGAUAGCGAUAACACUUAUGGUGCCAUAUGCAAACUUUCUAACCCUUGUUCUAUGUUGAU